GUAUGUAUGUAUGUAUGUAUGUAUGUAUGUAUGUAUGUAUGUAUGUAUGUAUGUAUGUAUGUAUGUAUGAUGCCGAGUUCCGUAACAUGACCCAAGUUCACGUCUUCAUACUUGCUCGUUUGAUUGACACGACUACUGUUAACGGUCCUUGCGAUUCGUGUUACACGAUCUUCCCUGGCAGCUGCGUAUGUCGCGGCCUGUGUGCCACAUAUAGACACGCCUCUCCCUAAAAAUAUCCUCAGCUAUCUGCGCUGCCUGGCCUGUGUCAGAGACGGCAUUUUCCCGGUCGCCCGGCGUUGUAACAGCACUGGUCAAAUCCGCUCUCUGUUCUUCCUGUGUAACACGUGUUGCCUGUAUAUUGUCUAACAAGUUGAAGGGGAGAACAUGGCAACGGAAACUAAGAUGUCUAACGGCGACGUCAAGAAAGGAGGGAAGAGUGCAGAGGAGACCAUGUCGAUGUCCGAACUGCUGGAGAAAUUCAAGAGUGAACUGGAGAGCGCCGGACAAGACGACAACGCCGAGUUUAACGCUCUCCGCCUGUGCAGUCAGGACCCUUACCCGGGGGACGCCGAGAAGGCGGAGGAGGAGGAGGCAUGGCUGCAGGAGCACAGCUACACGGACCCCGCCUGGAUGAUGGAGCGGGAGCGGGAUCCCACCGCCGCAGCCAUGGAGGCCGAGGUGGCGCAAGUACUCCGGGACACGGGAAGUCACGAGAAGGCGCUGGAACACUUCACCCUGGCGCUGGAGCUGGACCCGGGCGUGCUGGAUUACUGGGCCCUCCGCGCGCAGGCUAACUUCACCAUGAAGAACUACCGAGAGGCCUUCCGGGACUGCAUCAGUGUGCACAAGGACAUCAGGCCCGUCGCUAUGUGGAAAAUUGGAGGGAGGGUGCUGUCCAGUCUGGGACAGUACGUGCUGUCCGAGGUGUGGCUCCGACGUGCCAGCCGGCUGACCGAGGGCAACGACUACGAGGCUCUUCUGCUGUUCCAGCAGACCCGCAUCCACCGCUUCUAUGACCCUCUGACCGAGGGCACGUCUGUGCAGGUGAGGUUCACGAAGUACGGCCGCGCGGUGUUCUGUAGUGAGGACGUGGAGGAGGGGCAGGAGCUGUUCCGGGACACUCCCGUCAUCUCCGCGCAGACGGACGACUCCGCCCGGGCGCACCCCGCCUGCAGCCACUGCGCCGUCUCCCUCCUCACCGCCGAGGACUACUUCGGACUGGACACGUUCAGGAAGAUGAACAAGGCUCAGAAGGCUAUCAUCAAGAAGGCCUGGCCGAAGGUGACGUCGUACCCGUGCCCCCACUGUAAGCGUGAGAAGUACUGCAGUCUGGAGUGCCGGACUCACGCCUGGAGGCAGCACCACUGCCACCUCUGUCCCUCCAUCAACCCGCCGGCCGCCAAACUGUACGACUUCUGCGCCAAGGGGACCACGCAGGAGAAAGGGAUGUGGAACUCCAUGUUCAGCCCGAUGAUCAUGGCGCGUAUCUGGGCGAACAUCCUGACCCGUGUGAAGGAGCUGGGCGUGAAGGGGGAACCUACUAAAGACGACUGGGCCCGCGCCAAGGAGCCGUACCGCCGCUUCCUCGGCUUCGGUGUGUCUGGUUUCGUCAAACAGAUUCCUAAGAUGCUGAAGAUCAUGCAAGCGAUUUUCCAGAACACCGAGAUCAAGUACAAGAUCGACGAGCUGGAGUUCGAGAGGCGCUACUACCAGGUGGCGUGUAACGUCCAGUCGUUCGGGCCGCCCUGCGUCACCUGGCACGAGUUCGUGGCGGAGUUCCACCGCACGUCCCGUCCGGGGGAGAACCACCGGCGGGUGGCGCAGGAGAUGCGGGGGGAGCCAAAGGACGUGACGUUCGGCGGCCUGUACGCCCUGCAGUCCAGCCUGAACCACUCCUGCGACAAGAACGUGGAUGUGAUGGACGGGAUGGUGGACGGGAAGCCCGGGGUGGUCAUCCGGGCCAAGCAGGGCAUCAAGAAAGGCGGGGAGCUGUACACCACGUACAUCGACACGUCCAUGCAGCGCCCCCAGCGCCGCGCUUGGCUCUACCGCGCCUACCACUUCUGGUGCGAGUGCGAGAGGUGUAAGUUUGAGGGGGACGACUGCAGCAUCUGUACACAGUGCGAGAAGAAGGCGCCCAAAGACGAACCCUUCUCCGUCUGUAGCCGCUGCCACCGGGCCUGGUACUGUACUCCCAAAUGUCAGAAGGUGGCGUGGAAGGCAGGGCAUAAGAAGAUCUGUAAGGCCUGGCCAAGCACUUAGGGCCAGUAAAAUCAGGGCGUGUGUUGCUUUUCGGAAGGGGAAACAGAUUUUAAGCACUGCCGAAGUUUAGGUUGGUGAAAAUGCCAAGGUCUUACGUCCGAGUUGCAGUGAACGUAUACCAUAAGCGUAGAUGUUCUAUUGGAAAAGUUGAACGGAGAUGGAGUUUGACAUUAAAUUGAUUUUCAAAGAUGUGAAAGAACAAAAAUAAAAACAAUUCAUUGUGUGUUGUACCAUGUUCUGUGUGCUCAGUCAUUUUGUUUCACCUUCCUGACCACUUAGAUUUCAUAAUGGAGAAAACU